UGUGCCCCAAUUCUGGGGUAAAACGCAUGGUUUCUGAAAGUGGCGAUCUCAUCCCUCUAAAAAGGGAACGUUUCACUUUCAAGGCUGCUCACCUUGCCGUGCUGGAACGCUAUUAUGAGAAGGAUCCGUAUCCAGACUCGCAGACUAGGGAACAGAUAGUAGACGAGUGCAAUAAAGCUGUGGAGAGAGCAGUUCGCAUUUCAGAUCGUCCUUUGGCGGAAAGGGAAAGAGUGACAUUGCCUGUUGUGAAUAAUUGGUUCAAUAACAGGAGAAAAGAAGCAAAGAAGCAGCUUAGACAGCAGCAUGCUGCGGCAAUGGCAGCCGUGUCAGUGAGUAUGUCGCCUUUAGGUCAGUCUCCUCAUGGCCUUCCUCCAGUUGCCUCAAUGCCUGCUCUUGGGUGGCAUCAGUCACCCACGUCAGCCGCCCUCGGAGGGAUCCCCAGUUAUGCCGGAUCCCACCAACCUGCCUUUCACCCAAAUGCUCAGCUUGAUCUCAGUAGUGAAGCCAUGGACAGCGAUAGUUCUCAUGACUCCAAUGCUGAUUAUGGCAAUGGAGAGGCAUUGCCAGUUGAUUUAGAAGGUGAAAAAACAACCAGCAUCAAACAAGAGGUGUGAUGACAAGAUUUCACUUUUGGGUGAGGUGGGACUUGUCCCUGUGAACAUCGGCAUACUUGGUCUGCUAUUUUAAAAGUAAUCAGUCAUUCUUACCCGAUGAUAUCUAUUUUAAAAAUCAUACUUAAUUUAAAAAGAAAAGAAAAGAAAGAAAAUUUACUAUGACUGAUUAUACUAAAAUGAUUGCAUCUAAUGUUUUUCAAUGUAUUAACUAUGUGGUUUGAUGAAAGCUGUAUAUUUACUAUUAGAAUAUUUAUGGUUUCCCUAUAGUACAAAAAUAUUAGUUAUCACACAAUAGAUUUUUUGCAAAAUGGCAGAUGAUUUGUCUCAAAGGGACUUAGCCUGGGACCACCUAUCAACUGGUCAGCUUACUACCACUAAGAAUAAUAAGGAGCUUUUUAAAGAGUGUGGUAGAUUUUUUUUGGGGGGGUAAGAAAAUAAACAUACAAAGUCUUUUUAAGUUUUUCAAAUUAUAUGUUUUGUUAACUUGUUUCUGUAUUUUCUCAGGAUUAGAUUGAUUUUUAUGUAUAUAUUAUAUGAAAAAGUGCAAAAGAAAGUUUGUAGAUGGAAACUUUUUUAUUUAUAUUUUAUUAAUUCCUCAUGAAAUGACACAUGCAUCAUUCUGUAUAAAGCUCAUGCAUUUAAUUUCUUUUUUGUCUUUUUAUGAACAAAUUUGUGGCUCUUUGUGUCUGCAAAAAAUUGAAAAUUUGCAAUGCAUUUUAUUAAUCAAAUACACAUUAAUCAUUUCAGGAAGUAUUAGAAAUGAUUAUGAAUUCAUGUUCUGUUGUUUUUUAUUUUAAAUUUUCUUCUUGUUCUAGGAAUAUUGUGCAACUUCUUUACAUUUUUGAAAUAACAGUUUAAAAAAUUAUUUACAGUCUGUUAUAUAUUUUUAUUUCUGUAUUUGUUAAUAGAUCAAAAAUUUUGAAUUGUAGUAUUCAUAAUAAAUUAUACAUGUACAAAUUAUAUGCAAGCUAUGAUUAGCUUGAUGUAUUGUUUAUAUGCCUUUCAUCUGUUAUCUUUCAUAAUGUGGUUGAGGCAAUCAGGAGUCAGUUAUUUAGCUUACUUUAUUGUUUUGUUUGUUCUUGUUUUGUAUAGCUAAGUCUAUUUUGUAGAAAGUUUUAUCUGAGUACCUAUAUAUUGUUUUAGAAUUUAGAAUAUUUGUCUACCACACUCUUUAGUGCCCUUUUCACUGGAUAAAGAAAAAGACUGUUUUGAAUUCUUGCCAAGCAAGAAUUUUAUGUAAGUUAACAUAUAUGGCUUGGCCACAAACUUAGUAUUGUGUUGUAAGUGUUUGUCUGUAAGAAAGCAUUUAGAUUUUGUCAUUGUGAUAGAUUUCCCUAAGGUAGUCAAUGUAACAAUUUUUAGUCCUUGAGAGGUAAAAACUACAUCAAGGAGUGUGCUGUGCAUUACGAUAUAAUGAUUUUGAUGGGCAGUUUUGUAAAUAGUGAGUAUUUGUUUAAAGGAGUAUGAUAAAUUGCAAUAAAUAGGAAGAUGGGUACUGAUAUGAUACUUCUAAAAAAAGUUCAUUUAUUAAGAUAUAUGGCAAAAUAUACCGUGUAACUUAUAAUUCAUUUUACUGGUGUAUAAUUCCUAACCAUGUAAGAAAUAUUGUAUAUUGUAAGUUUAAUAUUAAGCAAGCAAAAAGUUCAAAUUAUUAAUGUGUUACUAAUGAUAUCUUUCUAGUUGCAACUAUGAAAGAAAUUUGGGGGGUGGGGAAAUGUCUUACUAAAUAUCUUCUAAUAAAUGAACUUUUAUUUCAUAAUGUAAUGUGCAUGUGUAAGAUUCUGUUAGAAAGUAAUUGAAUGAUACUGGCUUUUCCAAUAUUGAGCAUUUAUUUUCAAUGAAAUAUCCAAAAUUACGUCUUGAAUCAUUGUUGGAAUGGUUUCAAAAUGUAAACUUACUACAUAUUUGAUUGUAUGCCGAUAAUCCAGUGGAGUUUUUCUUUUAUGAGUUUGAGUGCUGGUAACUGCCAGUGGUACAAGAAAAAUGCACAAUUUUAUUAUGACACUAAAACUCAGGUUUGAUAAAAUGUUAGUGUACAUUGUUUAUGUACUUUUAGAAUCAUAUGAUUUUAAGGACAAAACAUGUUUUGUAUAAUUUACCUCAUCAUGAAUACUACUAGUUUGUCAUUAAAAAACAGUACCUGCACUGAAUGUCAAUAACAAUUUAUGUAACCCAGUGUAUAUGUUCAUAUCUUAUAUUUCUGGGUUUAUUUUUGUGUUCAGAAAUAACCAAGUGCUCUGGACAACAUUGGGAGUGUAAAUGAUGCUCAUUAUCAUAUCAUUUAAACUUUUAAAAUGUUGAUUCUCCCCUUAUUUGUAAGGUCACCUUUUAAAGUGGUAUUAUUGCAUUUUAUGUUCUUGUAUGUAUUCUUUUUUUUUUUUUUUUUAUUAAACAUUGAAGGAUUUUAGAACUAAUAAUCUACAUCAUAUCUGUUUGUCAUAUUCAAAUUCUUGUAUAAGUUUAAAUUGAGAGAUGCAUAUAAAGUAUUGUUCUCAACAUUCAUAUUCUCAGCUUUAGAGCUUGGAUUUUUAAAUUGUAGUUUUUAACCAACAUUACAUAUUUGUGGCAGAGAAACAAAUAUGCAUAUAGGAGGAAAUAUGUGGAGUAUUUUACUUCUUUAAAUUAUAUAUAUUCAGCUUAUAAGCAGCAUAUAUAAGAAGUUUCUUUAGUGGUUUUGUUGCAUGCUAUAUUAAUUAUCCAUUUGAAUAUGUGAUUAGUGUAUCAUAUCUGAAGAAUUUUAAAAAAAGUGGGAAAAUAUUUUUUCUUUAAAAAUAUUCUUAUUUUUCAAAACUUUUGAUGAGAUAUUCAAAAGUUUGUAAGUCACAAAUAUAGCGAAUCUUUGCCCAUUGAUGACAGCAGUUAAGAUACAGUUUAUAAUAUGUAUAUAUAUAAUAAAAGUAGCAUAUUAAAUUUUUACACUCUCAAGGAGUUUUUUUUUUUUACUAACCACCAAAGUGUGCCUGAUGUUUAUCAGUUUAAUAUUAUUAAAUAAAGAGCAUAUAUUUAUUAAAAAUUGGUAUAAUAAUUGGAAUUAUGAAUUUAAAGAGCAGAAAUUUAAACUAAAAUUUACAAAUUAAGAAUUUGAAAUCUUAAUUUAUCUAGGAAAUAAAAAAAAAAAUCAUCUAAAAGAAUUACCCUAAUUAAAUGCAUUGCGUAUAAAAUAAAUUUUUAGAAGGAGGGUUUAUUUUUCUUUUUAAGUUAUUUGAAGGCUUUAAUUUCCAUGUUAGCAACAAAGAUUAUUUUUUAGUUUCUCUAAGUAUGUAUAAGCAAAGGGUGUCCCCCCCCCUGAAUUCUGUGACAUCAAUUUUUGUAAUUUCUUUUAUGUUAAUUUGAAUCAGCAUACCAGAAUUACCUAAUUUGUAUAAUAUAGCAUAUUGAUUAUGAAUACAAGUAGUAGAUCAUUUGAUAGGUACUUGUCUGAAAGAUACCCAUUAGUGUAGAUAAAAUAACAUUAUGUAUAUAGUAUUAUAUGCUGUAUUAUCGAUUACUUUUAACGUAAACUAGUAAUGAAAUGAAAGCAAUGGUUUAAUAGUUUAUUCUAAUUUAAAGAAGGGGGGGACUGCUUUUAUCUGUGUUGAAAUUCAUUUAACUCUUCCAUUUACAUUUAUUGCCAAAAGGUUAAGUUUGCCAGUUAUUAUAACAUGAUGUUUCAAUUAAAUUCCCCCCCCCUUAUUUUUAACUACAAAUUAUAAAAUACUUCACUUAAAUAUUUCUUUUACUUCUUAAGUAAGUUCUCUUCUUCUGCAAAUAUUAUUGACAAACUCCAAAUUAUGCCUUAUGGUAUUACAGAGUUCCACAAAAAUUCAUUUUACAUGUGAAUGAGUUGGAAUAUUUGUGAAGCAAUUAAAGUGUAAUUAAAAGUUUAGUGAAUCCAUGAGCACUAUUGGUUAUUUCUCAACUUCCUUGUGCCUCGCAGGAUAAACUUUGGGUAAUUAUUUUAAUACUUCAUUUAUUAUUGCUUUUUUACUGUUAUGUGUGUACUUUAAUGAAGUUACGUGACCUAUUUUUUAUGGUUCCAAAUCCCUAAAAGUAUUCAGGUUUUGCUGCUUUCAAUAAACAGGUAUUUAUGUGUAUCAAAGCUUAAUUUUUUAUCAUGUAAUAUUUAUUCAGUUUGAAAUGUUAUUUCUGACGCUUUUUUAGUUUUCAACAUUUACAGGAUGCUUUACAAUUUUCAACAUUGUAUAGGAACAAAUAUUACAAUAGGGUUAAUGUUUCAUAAAAGCCAUUAUGACCAGCAUUUGAGGGAAUCAUAUCACAGCCAAAAGUUGUGCCAAAGGAUAACCAGGGUUUCAUGUAAUUGUUUUAUGUGCCAUUCAUCAUAUUUUGCAUUUUGCUUUGGUAAGCUUUGCAAGAUCUUUUGUCCUAUUAUGAAAAUAGUAAGGCAUAAACUCAGGAAUAUUUUCAUUACCUUAUUUA